AAUGAGGCUCUCAAAGGGCUGAGUGAUGAUGUGCAAAAUGCGUAUAACACCAUUCUGCGCCCUCUCCAGCUAUGGACGGGACAGAUUCCUCCCGAAGUGAUUUUCCCACUCAAAGAAUUACACUUAAGACCAGGUCAAGAGGAUCACGUCGCUCGAGAGUCAGAAUCGAAAGCCUUUGAGGAAAAUAUUCAAGGCAGGCUCUUUAAUGCAAAGCAUAAAUGGUGUGAGGACAUGUAUUAGUGAAGCUCUCUCCCGGUUUGCGACGGUGGCAACAACUUUAAACCUUCUCAAUACGAUUCAGGUGUCGGUGGAUUACGAGCUUUCAAAACUGCCCAAAGUAAAUGCCGAAUAUUAUCGUGUGGAGAGCAAGUCAGAAUGCCUCAAAACCACUCGGGACAAAAUCCGCGGCUCAAUUCUCGAGUACCUGAGGGAUCCUAAGAAUCGAUUUGUCUGGCUGCGUGGUUCGCCCGGGACGGGGAAAACUGCGAUAUCUAUGAGUGUAGCUUCCACGCUUGACAAGCAGCACACCCUUGCAGCAUCCUUCUUCUGGGAUAAGAACCAAGAGGGAACAGGACUCGAUUCGAUAUCGCGCUUCCCCUCCACCCUUGCCCGACAGCUUGCGGCAUUCAACGCCGAGUAUCAGAACUCGCUUAUCAGACAACUUCGGGAUCCUGCUUCAUUCAGCAGUGUUGAUGGUUCUCCUCUAGAGAAAGAGGUGAAAGCUCGGAUCAUCAACCCUAUGCGUGAACUUGGGGGUGUAUUGUCUUCAGGAAAGGGUCGCCCUGUGAUCGUAUUGGAUGGACUCGAUGAGUGCGGGAAUCCAGAGGCGCUUGCGUCUUUGAUGAGGCUCGUUCUUCUGCUUGAUGAACUGCCUUCGACAUUUUCCAUACUCGUCAGUUGCCGUCCGGAGCCGCAAGUGAUCUCUGCUUGGGCUCGAGCUACUCGUCUUUCGAUCGCUCAUGAAGAUAUGGAUCAGAUUGCGGAAGACGAGAAUUUCCACACUAUCCGUUGUAUGGUUGAGAAGGGGCUUCAGGAUUGUAUCAUGGAGUCUCCCUGGAAGCCGACCAAGAAGGACCUCGAUGGAUUCUCUUCAGCUUGCCGUGGCUUACCUAUCAUCGCCUCAACCAGAAUACGCGAUGUGCAUGUUCAGACUCAAAGUGGCUCCACGCUAGAAAUCGAGUUUGAUUACUAUCUCAAUCUCACGGAUGCACCUCAGGGUCUAAAUGAGGAGUACUUGCGAAUAAUGCGCCGAGCUUAUUUACGUCAGCAUCCCAAAAUGAAUUCACGUAUCGCGGAGAAAUACCGUGAAGUUGUUGGGAUGAUGAUUGCUGUAUGGAGGGGACUCAACGUGUGUGAUAUAUCACAGCUCCUGGGAACGUUCACGGAGCAUGAGAUUCACUCGACACUCAAGCCCAUCAGCUCCAUAGUUAGUCUACCUUCGAAGAACAAAAACCUUAUCAAAUUCUACCACGCAACGGUGAAGGAAUUCAUCACAGGAAAUCCGAUCGGCAAGGAAGAGGACAAAGUAUUCUUUAUUAGCGACAAGAAAGGAUAUUCAUUUGGGUUGCGACUCCUUCAACUUGUGAAUGGUGCCAUUCAAAGGAAUGACUGGGGUCUCCGAACCAUGAAACGAGAGCGAGAGAAUCUACCCAAUUACGUCGAGUAUGCAUUUAUGUACUUGUUCCAACACUUGGACCCAUUACUCCUCUUUUCGGAAGAGUCUAAUGAAUUACAGAGAGAAUUUGAACAAAUCUGGACACAAAACUUGGUUUCGUUCUUCGGAACAUAUGGUGAUGCUCUUUAGACAUCAGGGUCUUUGGAAUACUUAUCGAUCCGUCCUUCCAUUCACUCCGAUGUCAUCACCCGUUUACGAGUUUUAUGGUCAUCUCUCUCUUGUCCAAGUCUUCAGUGUCUCCGGCGAGUUUGCCGGUGGCUUUAUCCCUUUAAGUGAGGAUGCACGUAGGGCUCGAAAGGCGAUGGAGGCGGAGCUGCCUAAAUUGCCAAAAGUAGUUAAUAAAGAUGGCGAAGAGGUGAUCAAUUAUGAAGCCGAGUUUCUCAAUGACAACGUUCGCAAUGGCAUUGUGACCUGUGCAGCGCUCUCAAGAGACGGCCAUCACAUUGCACUUGGAUUCGGAAGUGGCGUCAUUGAAAUAGCCGA